GAAAUUUCCGCAACCUCCGCAGCACCGCACCGCACCGCGCACCCCCACCUUCUCAAAAGGUUUCUCCAACAAGUUUCUCCCAACAUUUCCUACCACCCUCAAUUAAUCUUCAGAUACGCAAUGUCUCAACCUCCUGCUAAGCGUCAAAAGCGCGCCGAGUACCGCAAACAAGCCGCCGAAGCGGUCGUCGCGCAACCGAAUGAAUCCGCCCCCGUGAGCCAUGUCAAGCUCCCUAAGAAGAAGUUCUAUCGUCAGCGGGCGCAUGCGAAUCCGUUCUCGGAUCAUCAGUUGAACUAUCCCCUCAGCCCGGCGCAUAUGGAUUGGGCAUCGCAUUUCCCUGCUUUCGUGAACCCCGAUGCCACGCAGACGAACCUGAUCGGAACGAGAAAGUUGCUUAAGGAUGUGGAGGUCGUGGACAUCGGAUGUGGAUUCGGUGGGUUGCUUGUCGGUCUGGCGGGGUUGUUGCCGGAGACGUUGAUGGUCGGAAUGGAAAUCCGCAUCGCCGUUCUCGAAUACCUAAACACCCGUAUCCAAGCUCUUCGCGUGCAACAACAGCACCAGCAACAAAAGACACAACAACAGCAACAACAACAAUCACAAUCUCAACCUACCUCUUCGACUUCCACCCCUGCCCCUACCACCCCUGCUGACGCCGCCGUCGAUACUCCCACCGAUGCCCCGGCGCAUCCCGACCCGAACGCCAGCGCGGCUCUCGUCCCCGGAGGAUACCAGAACAUCUCGGCGAUCCGGAGCAACACGAUGAAGUUCUUCCCGAACUUCUUCAACAAGCACCAGCUGUCGAAGAUCUUCAUCUGUUUCCCCGACCCGCACUUCAAGGCGCGGAAGCACAAGGCGCGCAUUAUCUCGGAGACUUUGAAUGCGGAGUAUGCGUAUGCGCUGCGCCCUGGUGGUCUACUGUACACUAUUACGGAUGUGGAGGAGUAUCAUCAUUGGAUUUUGAGACACUUCCGGGAUGAGAGUGCGGUUGAGGAGGCGGAGAAUGAGGGACCCACUGUUAAGGAGUUGUUUGAGAGGGUGUCUGAGGAGGAGUUGGAGAAGGAUGAGUGUGUGAAGGUUAUGAAGGAGGCGACGGAGGAGGGCAAGAAGGUUACGAGGAAUAAGGGUAACAAGUAUGUUGCUGUGUUUAGGAGGAAGGAGGAUCCGGAGUGGGCUUGAUUUCUGUGUUUCUGUUCGGCUUGUAUAGAUCUAUGGCGUGGAUGUUUUGUUGCGAGAUUAACAAAAGUUAAUUAUUAUAUACAUGGUUUGGAUGAUCAUCUGUUAUAAUAUGUGCUCAUGUAGUCUUGUGGGUGUGUUGCUUCGAUACAUAUUGCAUUGUCUGGGAUGGCAUGUUGUAGAGUGGCUGAGUUUAGCUCAGAGGAGAGUCCCAUAGUGCAGCAGAGUGGUGUUGGACGUUGAUU